AUGGGACUUAGCACACAUACCUACCUGGUACACAGACCCUCCAUAACUCGUAAGUUGACUGGAAUGUGGUGGUGGGUGCGGCCAGUGUGUUUGUCCAAAGACCUAUACCCCAAGGAAGGUGAUAUGUGCACAGUUGCUGGGUGGGGCAACAUACACGAGGACGGAGAGGACUCCUUGCAGCUCCAGCAGGUUGACCUUCCCAUCUUAGCAUCGUGCAAGAAAGAGACUUUUUUUAGCGAUGAAGAAGUUCUUUGUGCAGGUUACGAUGAAGGACAAAAGGAUGCUUGCCAGGGGGAUUCAGGAGGACCACUGAUGUGUACUAAACGACAGGAGGGCUGGGUGCAGGUGGGGUUGGUAUCCUUUGGGCGUGGUUGUGCCAGGCCAGGGAAUGCUGGAGUCUAUGUUCGUCUCAGUUAUCAUCUGGACUGGAUAUACGCUAAGCUGGAGAUGAUGAAGGAUGCAUCCAACUUGCCUGAAGAAUCAAAAAGCAUCGGUGACUGCAGGGGUGUCACCUGUUUGCUGGGAGAGGGGUCCUGCCUACCCACCCAACGUGUCUGUGACCAUCAGGCUGACUGUCUUGGGGCAGAGGACGAGGUGUCAUGUGGAUUUGAGAAUGACCUCAUCCAAGAAACAACUGUGAGCAAGCCUUCCCAGCAGGCAUACAAAUCAUCAACCAUCGCUACAACCACUGAUACCUCCACAACCAUGAAGACCACUACACCAUGACUCCACUGCCACCCACCACCACUGCUGACAUCACUACUGCUGAUUCACCACCACCACCACCACACCACCACCACCACCACCACCACCAUUGUUGAUUCUGCAGGAGUGAUAGAAACUUGCGUGCUCUUCGGCAUAGAUGAAGACAAUGAAACGCUCAGUUGUGUGGGAGAUGAUUAUUUAUGUACCAGAAUUCCAGAGUGUCUGCCACGAAGGAGUGUGUGUGAUGGCGAGCCACAGUGUACAGAUGGGACAGACGAACUUGGGUGUUAUUGUGUUGAUCGCCUAUAUACAUAUGGCAAGGAAGACUUUGUGUGUGAUGGAUUCUACGAUUGUCAUGAUCUUAGUGACGAGGAUUGUGCACCAUGUGGGCCUCAGUUUGUAUGUGCUCUGAGUCAGCAGUGUGUGCCACAGGAGGAGGUGUGUGAUGGCAAGAAUAAUUGCAGAUAUGGAGAAGAUGAACUGUUUUGCAUUGCCUUAAUCAACGUUCAUACAGAACCAGAGAGGGACCAAUUUGGGGAACUAACAUCGCAGAAAGAGGGGCGACUGGUGCUGCGGGUAGAUGGCAUUUGGGACACCAUCUGUGUUGAUACUCUGAAAGAGGAGCUUGGUCAUAGGGUGUGCAACUUUCUUGGCUAUGAGACUCUGGAUGACUUGUAUUAUGUUGAGGACUCUUUGUACAUCACUCCAUCAAGCCCUCAGAACCACCACACCCCACGCUCAAAACUUGCUUUCACUCCUGUGAAUAACUUCAAUAGAACUGACAGAAGUCACAGAGAAAUACGAUCCACAGGCCUGGUAGAAUCAUUCAGCUCCACAGUGGAAGGCUAUGUGGCGAUGGAUAUAUUGGAAGAGGUUCCUGUAGGUAUUGGUGGUAGAAAGGAUGUGUGUCGUCAGGUGGUGUUCAGCUGUGGUGAGCAGAAGUGUGGAAAAGUCCCUCUCUACUUCUUUACCAAGGUAACCCCAGUGUGGAUGUUUGGUGGGUCCCCCUGGGCAGCAAGUGUUUAUGUGAAAGGAGAGUACCGGUGUGGUGCCACGCUGGUCCACCCUCGCUGGCUCAUUACCUCCAACACUUGCAUGUUUGGUGUCAGCCCAGAGGUGGAAUCAGUGUGGGUGGUGAUGGGAUCGAUAAGGAGAUUUGGAGCACCAAUGCGGGUGUGGGGGGCGUUCGAGGAGGGGCGGCAGGUGGACGGGGCCUGGCUAGUUGGUGUAAGUGAUAUCCUGCUCCUGAAGCUGACUAAGAGGAUGCCUAAGACCAACUAUAUCUCCCAUCUCUGUCUUCCUACUCAGGAGAUGAGCAACUUGGGACCCUACAGUAGGUGUUCCAUAGCUGGCAUGAGUAUGGAGAAGGAUAGAGAGAGCAUUGGUGUGCCAUUCUCCUCCACCUUUAACUGUCCGCCCCACCAUGUGUGUCCAGAUGUUGAAAAGGACUUCAAGGAUAUAUGCAUGGAAUCGUGGGCUGGUGUAGUGGCGUGUCAGUUAACGCAAGACAAUAACCCAACCUGGAUUGGUGUUGGCGUGUGGUCCUACAGACGCCGUGCUGGAGACUGUAAUCUUGCUCUCCUGCAUCCACUCUUUACAGAUGAGGACCUGAAGGAAAUACAUCGCAUCAUGGGAUACAACAGUGUUGAUGCUGUGAGUUCAGCUGUGUGCGAGGGGCGUUAUUGCGUCCCUGGAGUGUGUGUCGCUCCUUCUCAGGAAUGUGAUGGCCGUCUUGAGUGUUUUGAUUCCAGUGACGAGUCUCCAGUUUGCUCUACUCCCAUAACCCGUUGCCGAACAUACAAUGACAGCGAGAAUUGUGAAUGUCCACAUGGGUGGUGGACUUGUCUGGACCAAGUGUGCAUCCCUGGUAAAGCCCUUUGUGAUGGGAUUAGAGAUUGUGCUGACGGGGAGGAUGAGCUAGACUGUUCUUGUUGCAAGGUGUUACUGUUCUGGUUACCAGAGAAAAAGUGCGAUGGGCAAAUAGACUGUGUUGACCAGAGUGACGAGGCUUUCUGCGGUUGCCAGAAUGACUCUGAAACAUUCAGGUGUUACAGCUCCAAGCCUCUGAAGUGUGUAUCAAAAGAAAGAGUAUGUGACGAAACAAAGGACUGUCCUGAGGGUGAGGACGAGGCCUUCUGCGUCACCCUGGUGCCUCAUCUCAGACUGGAGGAGGACGUAUUAGGGUGAGACAUGGAUUAAUUG